AUGGCAGCCCUCUCCCGUUGUCCUCUUCAUGACCUCGCCGACGAGCUUCUCGUCGGGAUCGUCGCCCAAGUCGGAUCCAAGAAAGACCUCUGCAGCCUCGCGGUCACGUGUUCACGACUCCAAGCCUUCGCCGAACCACGCAUCUACGAAGACUAUCUCGUCCGACACGGGAGCCAUGUUCUCCGGAUUCUCGAUUGCGUCGCCAAACGGCCAGAGCGUGCAUUGGCAAUUCGCGCCCUUCAUAUCCAGUACCCGAGCCGCGACAGAGCCGGUAUCACCUUCCUGAAUCCCGUGAUGAGACAGAUGCUCAAUCUGAGAGAACUGACCAUCGAGGCCCCGUGCUGCAAUGAUCCCUCGAACUUGAUGUUGUCAGAAUAUUUCCAUCAUGAAGGGAAAAUCCAAUAUGCGGAUUACUUCACUUGGGCGUCGGAGAUGGUUCGAGAGACGACCCCGAUGAGUACACAGCUGAGAGUUCGGGUGCCGCUUCAAACCUUCACACUCCACAGUCACAUGGCCUCACUCAGGGACCGCAGGACCGGCCAGAUACAGGGAAGAGAUGCCUUCAACAUGGGCAAGAACGCCGCCAUAUUCCUCCAUCCAACGCUACGCAAUCUCACCAUAUCCUGCUUUGACAUCAACGAGGAUAUCGCACCUAUCCUUUCACCGAAGUACGGCUCUACUCCCCUCAAAAGCCUCACAUUCGAUGAAUGCAAUAUCAAAGUCGAAGGUCUCGCAGCCAUCCUCUCGGUACCCAAAGCACUCGAGCGACUGACCCUCGGCGAAAGAAUGCACUGCCUGGAAGGCUACUUGCACAGCCCACUAGGGACUAAUCCAGCUCCAUUCUUAGAUGCCCUCGCGCUCCAAGAACACUCUCUUCAAUUUAUUAAGCACAUCGGCGGUCAUACCCCCUUCCCAGCUCACCACAGCAGGAAACUGUCCAUGGCUAAUUUCACUCAAAUUACUAAGAUGGAGCUUGAUCUACAUUCAGCGCUGGCCAAUAUAUUGAGUGAAACAGCACCACCAUGGUCAUUGACCGCACCCCCCAACCUCCAUCUUCGCCUGAUCCGCUGUACCUCGGCAUCAACGAAGGAGAAGACAACGCCGCAGAGAAUGCUUGAGUGGCUCCGUCGGGUCCCAGAACUCGAUUACAUCCUCGAAAACGAUGUUAUACCGCGAAACCACGCAGUCACAGAACUCUGGUAUUGCGAAGCAUGCACCGAAACAUGGGCCGAGAUCGCAGAGUUCCUGGCUCCGCAAGGACAGCCUCAGAUCUCCACUGAUCAGCGGCGGUUGAGGGUCUUUGUCUUGGAGAGUACAGGAUUUAUCCCGCCAUACAUGCUGGGCGAGCCUCGGCCUGUGGAGACUCUACUUUAUGAUUCAUCUGUCCAUGGACAUGACGGGUACGGAGCAACCCUGUACCUUCCCGGAACAGGAGACUUCUUAGUACCCUAUGGCUGGACGAGACUGAAGGAUGAUCUUGAACCUGGCACUCAAAUCCACCUGAUCGGCAGCAAUCGCUGCCAAUCGUGGUGA